AAGUGAAGUGUUACAGAGGAGUUCUAAGAAGUAACACACGUAGGAGGUGCCGAUGGGAAGGCGACAAGUGAGCCAAGACCAAGACCGAAGCUUCAUAUGUUUACCUUUUGGCUCGAGUUUCCACGCUGUGAGCGGUCAAGGGGCUCUGUAAGUCUGCAUGAUGGCUGAGUGUAAUGGACUGGACAAGGGUUUCGUUGAGCACCACAAGCAGCAGCUCCAGUCCUCAGGCGUCCCUUCACACUUCUGGCCCACCAUUUUCAGGAAACUAAUUGCACAGGUGUACGAUGCCGGUGAGUACUUCCAGCUGUGCCAGUUGACCUAUUCCGACGGUGAUAAUGACCAGGGUGACGCACUGUGGCGGGUGAUCGUCAUACACCCCGAGGGCAUCAAGGCGUCCAACCCAGACCACAUUUUCAUCAUCGAUCACGCCUGGACUUACCAAGCUAACGAUGCCAGACAGUGCUUGACGGAGAUCCCGGGGCUGCUGGAGAGGAUGGCCAGCCUCAUGAGCAUCCCCGACGAGGAGAACACUCAGGAACAGUUUGUGGAGAAGGUGAUGCAGGAGAUGUGGAAGUACAACAACACCUACAGCGUUGCCAGUAAGAAAGCCGAGGACUCGCUGCCCGUCUGGUACAUUAUGGAUGAGUUCGGGGCGCGCAUCCAGCACUGCGGGGAGCCAAACUUCCGCGUAGUGCCGUUCUACUUCUCCCCUCACCAAUGCUGCUACUCUCUCCUCUUUCCUUUGGAGAACGUGGAUGAAGGGGACGAAGUUACUCGGAAUUACGUGGAGGGCCCGCCGGUGGACUCCCUGACAAGAGACGCCCAGCUGCUGCCUUGGUUUGAGGAAGACCUGACGCAUGUAGACCCCCAGCAGGACGAGCCACCGAGGUACUUCUUCCUGUCUGGGCGCUUCAAGGAGUCAAAGCCAGACGAAAGUGUUGAGGCUGAGGACCAGCAGCAUCACACUUCCUUCACUCCUUCUGGCCGCAUGAACGAGACAUUGCCGGAUGGGAGCGUCGAGGCUGAGGAGCUGCCUUCGCACCGCCCCCUCAAUGUUUACACUGAGUACGAGUAUGUCCGCCAGUACCUCACCGACGAGCGCUUUGCCGUAACUGAGUCGCGGGAGGAAGCGGACAUUCUUUGGCUCAACGAACACUUCAAGGACUUCAAAGGUCUUAGGGAGAGGCCGAGCUGUCGCAUCAACCAAUACCCCUUCGAGCACCUCAUCACCAUCAAGGACCUGCUGGGGGUGGUGUGCCGCAGGGCCAUGCAUCUCAAGGAAUGUCCGAAGCAGGAGGACUCCGGCACCCCCUCCUGGCUGCCCCUCACCUACUGCCUCAAGCGGGAAUUGGUCAAGUUUGCGUCGCUGUUCCAGAGGAGGGAGAAAAGGGGUGAAGACAACCACUGGAUCAUCAAGCCUUGGAACUUGGCGCGCGGACUUGACCACACCAUCACCAACAACUUGAACCAUAUUGUGAGGCUUCCUGCAACUGGCCCCAAGAUUGCUCAGAAGUACAUCUCAGACCCGGUCCUGUUCCACCGCGAGGACAUCGAUGGGAAGGUGAAGUUUGACAUCCGGUACAUCGUCAUGCUCCUGAGUGUUAAGCCUCUGAAGGUGGCUGUCUACAAACGGUUCUGGCUUCGGUUUGCAAACAUUCCCUUCGACCUCACCAAGCUCGAUGACAACCAGAAACACUUCACCGUCAACAACUACAACGACUCUGGUCUGCUGCAGAUGUUUUGCCACGACUUUGUGACCAAGUUUGAUAGCCAGUAUCCAGACCACCCCUGGGAGGAGGCGGAGAUGCAGAUCUUCUCCAUGAUACACCAGGUGUUCCAGGCAGCCACCAGUGAGGAGGUUCCCAAGGGCAUCCCCCACAACCCCCAGUGCAAGGGCUUCUACGGGUUGGACAUCAUGCUUCAGUGGGCCAAGGGAGAAGGGGACACAAAAUCCAUGGAGCCGCAACUUCUAGAGGUGAACUACAGCUCCGACUGUAAGCGUGCCUGUGAGUACUAUCCCGAGUUCUUCAAUGACGUGUUCUCCGUGAUGUUCCUUGACGAGGCGGAGGGGCACAACGUCGCAAUCCUGGAGUAACAGUGCUCGGAACAUGACAGGAACCUCACCUUGCUGAACACCGGCUAUGCAGACUUGAACCUCGGACACGAAUCACAUACUGAGUCUUGGUCUUGUGCGGCUUCAUUAUUGCUGUUUGGGUGUUGGCAGAGUUGUCGUAUGUCCUCGCCAAAUUAUGUACUUUUUGUUGACAUUUUUGUGUUAUGAAUUAUGGCAGACUUGAGCUAAUAGAAAUUGUAAUCAGCAUUGAAGACGUAAGGUACAUUCCUGGUUAUAUUUAUUGGUUUUAUCUAUUUAUUGAGAAUGGGAGUCAAGUUGCAUGAUCUAAGAAAUCCCAUGAAACGUCCUAUAACUUAAUGUGCUGGGAAAGUUGUUUGCAUAUUCAGAUACUAAACUAACUGAUGCAAAAUUAUUAUGGCUAUUCAAUCUUGCAUGACAUUGGUAGGGUGUAUGGAGUUAGGCCAGGUUUGAGGUGCUAAGUGGCAUUGUAAUCAUCAGUGCAAAGGAAAGGAUAUAAGAUAAUCGGUGUUUUGCCAUCAGUGAAGUUACGCUUAGCAUGUGCAUAUCAUCGGCUGGGCUUACCGCAGUCAACCAAGCCACCCUCGUGUUCUUAAUGGUUAACUUUACUUUGGUUUCAUAAUGAGAGAGAGACUUAGGUUUGACUGGAAAGAAGAAAGGUAGAUGUAGGAAUAAGUGGAAAAAGAAGAAAAGAAAAUGUAUGAUUAGUGAAAAAAGAAGAAAAAAGAUGAAUGAAUUCGUUAAAGAAAAGAAGAAAGGAAGAUUUAUGAAUAAGUGAAUUUAUGAAUAUCUGUUAUAUCCGGGAUUGUUAUAUUGUGGGAUGAGAAAAUGAGAAGCAUGUAUUUUAAUGUUAGAGAAAAGGUAAAAGUAUCAGGGUUAUAUAAUUUGACAUUAGGUAUUAAUGAGAGAGCAUCUGUUGUUGAUUAAUCUGAAAAUCCCCGUUGGUUGUGAUGUGUUAUGAUAAAUGUUUUCCGAGUGGUGACGUGCCUUAUAACUUAUAUAUUGUGCUGCUAAAUGGUCUGCAUCAGAUCAAACACCAUACAGUUUUUCUUACUUUUGCUCUAUGGAGUGUCAUGAAAGCUACUGAAUGGUACUUUUAAAUUGAACCUCUGUGUGUGGGUGUAUGCAUGGAUGUGACUUAAAUUCUAAUCAAUAUGCAGUUCAGUAUUAUAGUUCUCUACCCCUCUAGGACACUUUGUACUUAGAAAUACACCACUUGUUUAGAAGGAUAUAUUGAAGUGUAUUUGCCUCAGUGGAGAGUAUCAAGACUUCUCCAUCUGACACUGACCUCUUUUCUGGCCUCUCAAUCUUUUUUCUUGUCCUGGAGCAAUGCUUAGUGGGCUUAUUUGUUGUUUUUUGCCCUUGAGCUGCCUCCCUUGUAAAGAAAAGAGACAUGAGAUGAGGUAUGUGUUUUGUUAUUACUUGAAAAUGUUCUUGUUCUGUAUCGGUUCAGAGAUGCAGUGAAGACAUCUUAACCAGCACAAGAUACUCGCCAAAAACUGAUAUCCAGCUCCGUGGUAAAUCUAGUGAUGGCGUGAACCAGUGAUAACAGAAUUUAUCGCUAUGUCUCGUGUAUAAUUUAUGCAUUUAUAAAUUUGCAAUACUUUUCAUCAAAGCACAUAUUGAUUUUCUGAUGAUAUGAGUAUAUAAUCAAUGCAAAAGAAGUAUGUUUAUGAAUUUAUAAAGCAUGUGGCUCA